GUGGUACCAUGAUAACCUUACCCGACAUGCAGCAGAAGCACUGCUGCUUUCCAAUGGGCAGGAUGGGAGCUAUCUUUUGAGGAAGAGUAAUGAAAGGGAAGAUUUGUACUCCCUCUCUGUAAGGGGAAAAGAUUCUGUGAAGCACUUCCAUAUUGAACAUACAGGAACUUCAUUCAGAUUUGGAUUUAAUGAAUUUUCUAGCUUGAAGGAAUUGGUCAUGCAUUUUGCAAAUCAGCCUUUAAUUGGAAGUGAGACAGGAACCUUAAUCGUAUUGAAGCAUCCCUACCCACGGAAAGUGGAAGAACCUUCCAUCUAUGAGUCCGUCCGAGUUCACACUGCGAUGCAGACUGGAAGGACAGAACACGAUCUCGUUCCAAAUGCUCCCUCACUUGGUACAAAAGAAGGAUAUUUGAUAAAACAAGGCAAAAUAGUCAAGAACUGGAAGACAAGGUGGUUUACACUGCAUAGGAAUGAACUUAAGUAUUUCAAAGACCAGACAGCUACAGAACCGAUUCGGGCACUUGACUUAACUGAAUGCUCAGCUGUGCAAUUUGACUACUCCCAGGAAAGAGUCAAUUGUUUCUGCUUAGUGUUCCCACUAAGGACAUACUACCUGUGUGCAAGAACUGGAAUAGAAGCUGAUGAGUGGAUUAAAAUACUGCGAUGGAAACUGUCACAAAUACGGAAGCAGCUGGAGGAGCGUAACACCACCCUCAGUUCCUAG